AUGGAGAAAGCCAAAUUAACAAAGGAGAUGGGUGUCGGCAUAGGAAUAAUGGGAAUCUCAUAUUUCUUCUUGUUUCUGGUUUUCGUCGUAGGCCUUGGAGAAGGCCAAAAUGGGUGCCAUGAAUUUGGGUGUGGAGGUGGUGGCCCAGCCAUUCGAUUUCCCUUUCGGCUUAACACCCAGCCACACCACUGCGGGUAUCCUGGAUUUACUCUGUCCUGCACUCAUACAAACGACACAAAGCUGGAGCUGCCAAUUUUUGCGAAAUUGUUUGUGAAAAAGAUUGACUACAAAUCUCAGGUAAUUGAAGUAUACGACCCUGACCAUUGCUUUCCCAGACAGCUUCAAGAUCUCAAUUUGUCUUCCUCGCCUUUCCUGUUCAAACAACAACACCAGCUUGACUACGCCUUAUUCAAUUGUUCCUCAAAAGAAACACAAACCAACUAUGCAAUCUCUUGUCUUGGUGACCCAAGCCAUGAAGUUCGUGCCUUCUAUUCACAUAAUGACAUCAAAAAUUUGGCCAUAGCAUCUUGUAAAAAGAUGUGUGUAUUAUUGAAGUUAAAGAUCACUGGUAUCUUCUUUGGUUCAUUUCUAUCAAUAUUGGUGGUCUUUGCUCUCUACCGUGUCUAUAGCUAUGAUAAAGCAGAAAAAGAAAAUCAAGCUAAGAUCAAAACAUUUUUGGAGGAUUACAAAAAUUUCAAGCCCACGAGAUUCUCGUAUAAUAAAAGGAUUACAAAUCAAUUUGUUGAGAAGUUGGGCGAAGGAGCAUAUGAAACAGUAUUCAAAGAAAAACUUUCAAAUGAAGUCCAUGUUGACGUGAAGAUGAUCAUGAACACUUCUAAAGAAAAUUGGAAAGAAUUCAUAAAUGAAGUAGGGACAAUGGACAUGAUUCACCAUGUCAAUGUAGUUCGCUUGGUUGGCUUAUGUGCAGAUAGAUUUCAAUGUGCUCUAGUUUAUGAGUUCUUACUAAAUUAUUCGCUAGAGAAGUUCAUAUCUUCCGUGGACACUAAAAAUCGUUUCCUUGGUUGA